AUGAAUAUUAAUGAUAGAUUUAAAAGAAUUAGCUUGUCUAGUAAAGUUUCGUCAGAAUGGAGACCAAUUCGUAUUACUAUAAAUUAUGACGCGUUAGAAGGAAAAGAUAAUGAUCCACUUUCGUGUCAAUAUAUUGGUCAGAAAAUAGAAAAUCCUAUUGAAGGAACUCAUAUUUGCGAAGAACAAGAUAUUCUUACAGAAAAACAAAUUUCAUCAAUCAAAGGCACAAUGACCAAUGUUGCAAAUUUCUUAUCCAACACACUUCAAGUUCAAUCUUUCUUAGAUCCAAUAACAAUAGAGGGUGUUAAUGAAACAGUUAUACUUAACAAUACUGAUUUUGUAAUUAUGGUUUCUUCUCAAUUUUCAAACAGUCUAGUAGCUUUUGCAAUCCCAUUGGAAUUGGAAGAUUUAUAUUCUCGUCCAUAUCUAGCUUUAAUUAAAUUUAAUCCACGACAUACUCCAGCAGAAGUUAUCAACGAUAGUGAUUGGAAUAAUGAGUUUUAUUACACUGUUUUACAUGAAAUUACACAUGCGCUAGGGUUUUCAUCUGAUUUAUAUGAAAAGUAUCAUCCACAUGAAAAUCCGGAACCAUAUAAGAAUCCAGUGUGUCAAUUUACAAAGUAUGGGAAAAACUUUACAUUUCUUGUUACUCCAUAUUCACAUAUUUUUGCAAAGAAGAGAUUUGGUGUUGAAACAUUUACUGGCGAUGACGGGAAAUCAUGUCCAUCAGGUAUUGAAUUAGAAGAUGGUGGAACAUCAGCCACUGCAUUAUCACAUCUAGAAUACAGAACUUAUUAUACUGAAUAUAUGAUAGGUCAAGAAUUCGGCUCUGAUGGUCCAUUUCCACGAUUCACAGAUGCAACAAUGGCAAUUUUAUUAGAUACUGGAAAUUAUAAAGUCAAUUGGGCAAAUCUGAAGCCACUAGUUUUUGGGCAUCCAGAAUCAAUUGAUGGAAAACCAAUUCCGGGGUUUGCUAUUGAUCCACCUCAAUAUUCAUUUCAUCCAAAUUAUUUGAUAAAUUAUAGUGAACAAAGUAGAAAUGUUGAUUUUACUGGAUUUGAUUAUAAGCAUUACGGUCAAGGAAUACAUAUGAUACAUGAAUCACAGGUCAAUUGCAGUAAUGAUGAAUAUAAGCAAUAUUGCAUCGCAAAAGAUUCUUUUUAUAAUCCAAAGAAACAAUCAUAUAUUAGUUCAAACAUGUUUGCGGAUUAUCAAUUGAUUACAGAUCCAUUUCAUAUUUGUGAAAAAGGAAAAGCAAUUAUUCCUGGGAUUGAAAGAUGUAGUGACUAUACUUGCCAUGGAUAUGAAUCAUUCAAUUUGAAAAUAAGUAAAAAUGAGGGAGAAAUUGAAAUUACAUGUAAUAAACAAAAUGCAGGAAAAGAAUUAAGUUACAAAGUAGUUUACAUUGAUGAAAAUGGAAAUGCGCAUAUUUUUGAUAGCUAUUAUAGAUGUCCAGAUCCAGAAAGAUUUUGUAGAACAAUGAAAUUGUCAUCAAUGUAUUUCGAUAAAGAUCCAUUGGAUCCUAAUACGAAAGUUCUUGAAGGCGAACCACAAGAAAAGCCAGAAUGGAAUUUUGAUUAUUCAGAUCUUUAUAACGAAACUGAGCAAGGAAACGAAUCAGAAUAUAUAAAUCCUACAAUCAAGAAUAAUAACAACUUCAAAAAAGGAUACAUAGCACUUAUAGUUACUGGAUCUUUAGCUAUUAUUACUAUCAUUUGUAUUGUUAUUUUCUUUUUGUUCGCAAAGAAACCAAAUAUUCCUGAUUCAAUGGAGAACUACUUAAAUGAUAUAAAUGAAAAUAAAGAAUAA